AGCCUUCCCCUCGUUUUCCUGUGAUAACCUCCUCGGCAGUCAUGUGAUUAGGAUAUAGUACUAUAGUCGGGGAGCUAAAGGACACAUCAGCAGCGCUGCUGCUGCUGCGACUCCACCGCUUCCUCGGACCAAUUUCAAGGGCAACCCGACCGGGAAAAAGUUGUAUUUUUUUUUUCCCUAGCGGCAGAGGAGAUACGGCGGAGUGGGAGUCUGUAUGCGUUUUAGUUCCUUUUGACUGUUUUGUAAAAUUCUCCUCGGGCAAAGUUCAGGAGUUCAUUUGACCUUGCCCUGCCUUGGUAUAUGCUGGUGGGAGACCCAUAAACAAUCAUCUAGGAAUGGUGGAUCACUUGCUUCCUGCUGAUGAAUCUUAUUCGUCUACAAAGUUCCCUAUUGGAUACCUGGGGGACAUGCCAGCCAGUAGGAGGUCAUACCAGAUGCUGCCCUCUCCCUUGUCGGAAGACGAUAGUGACUCUUCCAGUUUCUGUUCGUGUUCCAGUCCUGACUCCCAGGUUCUCAGCUCCAGCUAUGGGAGCACAUCUAGUGCUGAGAGUCAAGAUAGUAUCUUAGAUUACUUGCUGUCCCAGGCUACUCUGGGGAAUGCCCCCACGACUUGGUGGGAUAAGCCGAGGUUUCAGCCGGUGGUGAAAGAGGAGCAUUUUCAAUUCCCCGAGUUCUCAGUAGACCCAGAAGAUGCAGGACCAUUUCAACCCACUCUGGAAGAGAUUGAAGAGUUCCUGGAAGAAAACAUGGAAUUGGAACUCAAGGAAGGGGCUAAAAACGAGACCAAGGACUUGAGGGUUGGCAGCCAAAUUUCUUUGGGGCAGCAUAAAGAUCACAUGCUCCCAGGGGGUAACUUUAAAGAGAGUAAAAGUGAUCAGUCCAGCAGCUCAGCAGAAGGGGCCCCUGGUUCAAAUGGAGCAACAGCCACGGAGAACGGAAUCCCUGUCAUUCUCCAAAUUCAACCCCUCCAGAUCAAACAAGAAACAAACACAGGGCCUAGUUCACCAGGGCAAGCCCAAGACAACAUUAAAAUUGCCCAACUCCUAGUCAAUAUCCAAGGGCAAACAUUUGCACUGGUGCCUCAGAUUGUCCAGUCCUCCAACUUGAACUUGCCCUCUAAGUUUGUCCGCAUUGCCCCGGUCCCCAUUGCUGCCAAGCCCAUAGGACCGGGGGGCGUGAUGCAGGGUCAGACAGGAAUCAUCGUGGGUCAGAAAUUUCAAAAGAACCCUGCGGCCGAACUCAUUAAAAUGCACAAAUGUACUUUCCCCGGAUGUACCAAGAUGUACACCAAAAGCAGCCACCUGAAGGCCCACCUGCGGAGACACACAGGAGAAAAGCCAUUUGCUUGCACUUGGCCCGGUUGUGGCUGGAGGUUUUCCAGAUCAGAUGAACUCUCUCGACAUAGACGAUCCCAUUCGGGAGUGAAGCCUUACCAGUGUCCUGUCUGUGAGAAGAAGUUUGCACGCAGCGAUCACUUGUCCAAGCACAUCAAGGUGCACCGGUUUCCCAGAAGCAAUCGCUCAGUGCGUGUAGUGAACUGAUCAGUCCCUGUCCACCCACUUUUCCAUCCAUCCAUUGGUCUGAAAACAGCUGACAGCACUCUGUUCACUAUUUUAUAGUGAUAAUUUAUUUGUCUCUGAAACAGUGAUGCUGUUAUCUGAUGUCACCACAUAUGAAUGUUUGGGUCUGAAAAAUAGAAUUUGAGAAUGAAG